CUCGCGCUCUCUCUCUCUCUCUCUUAGACUGUGCUAACUUCUCUGUUGCAGUCUCCAAUAAUGGCGUUUUCUAAGCCACUUUUGCUUCUUUUUCUCGUCACUACGCUCUCCAUUUACCGGGAAAUCGCUUGUAGCUCUUCUUCAUUCUCUGGAAACGAAGCUUCUUCCUCCUCGGAGAACAAUGGCUGUAAUGGAAAUGAAAACCAUUUGCUCGACGAACUCAAAUCCUCCGUCUCUGCUCUCCAAUCAAUCGUCAAGGAAAAAAACCAAGAAUUGCUAAGCAAGGAAGAGAAAAUCCAUGGCCUGGAGUUAUAUAUCCGGGAGAGAUCUUACUUGUUUGAGAGUGAGAUAGAUUUAUCCCAAUCUGAGAGUUCGGUGAAGCACGCAAGUGAAGCAGAAGAAAAGGUUUAUGAACUUGAGAAGCAGGUACUUGGACUUAAACGAGAAGUUGAAUUGCAACGUAAGAGAAGACUCGAAGUGGAAGCUCGAGCUCAAAUCGCAGAUGAGAAAGUUGCAGAACUUAGCUCAAAGCUUGAAAAUGUUCAGAUCAAUGGGAAGUGGUUCUCGUCUAAGCUUGGUCUUAACCUGAAUAAAACUCAGGCAUAUCUAAUGACUCUAUGGCAUCAACAUCUUAAACCAACUCUUCAUAUCACUCUUGAAAAGGUGUCGCAGAAAAUAGACCAAGUCCAGAAAUGGUCAGAGCCUCACACUGAAACCAUGAACUCAAAAUGGAUUCCAAGCAUCAAAGAUGCGUGUGUAACAUUAACUAUUUAUCUCGAACCAAAAGUUCAGUAUUUAACCGAUAAGUCCAUCGAAGUCUUAUCUAUGUCUAAGCAGGCUUUUACACCACAUCUCUUCCAUGGAUUCGAUCUUUCUUGCUACUAUCUUGAGGUAAUCAGGACACAUACACACCCAUACACGAGUCAAGUUAUGACUAUAGCGAAACCACACUUGGAGAGAGUACAAGUCGCCUUAGAGCCAUAUACCGAAAACGUAAGACAUGGCUUUAAGAAGUUGGUUAAGUCGACAAAAAUCUACCAUCAGCAGGCUCAAGAAAUGCUGAAGAACAAUGAGGUUACAAAACCGGUUGCUACCAUGGAUUUAGCUUGGGUUGGGGCCACGGCUUUAAUUGGGUUCCCUCUCAUAUUCAUCAUCAAGUUGCUUUCUGCAGUCUCCAAUCCUAAGGGGAAGAAGAGACACAGCUAUAAACAAGAACCAAUCAGUGGAUAUCGCAGAGCUAAACGCCGUCAUCAUCACCAAUGAACCAAUAUUACUUUUAACUUCAGGAGAUCAAAAAGGUGGUUUGUAUAUGCCUUUUCUGGUUUCUCAGACUUAUAACAGUUAUUAGUUCUAGCUGAAGAAGUUGAGCAGAGCUGUUCUACAAAACCAAGGUCUCUCGAGUCACUUUAGUAGCAAAUCUGAGAACAAUCUUCUCAGCUUUCAUAGUUUAUGGUUUUAUUAGUCAAGAGAAGAGAAAAGAUAAGUUGUAAAUCUUCUCACAUGAUACAGACAGAGAUGGUUAUAAAAUUUUGAUUUGGCAUGUUAAUCUAGCCAGGCCCAGCCCAAUUAGUCGAACUAAAAACGCCUUAAUUAAACGGGUCCAAUGAGAGAAUUGAUAUUUUCAUCAUUA